AUGCCAAAUCCUCCAGUCACUCCGACUUUCGCCGGAACACCCUUUGAUAACCCCGCUGCCGACGUCGUCAUCCGAUCGCGCGACGGAGUGCACUUCCGUGUGCGCAGUGCUAUCCUUGCGGAGGCUUCCCCUGUCUUCUCCGAGAUGCUUGUCUCGCCCGAAUGUGAGCGUACAGCAGACGGAAAGUACAUGAUUGCCAUUGCGGAAGAGAGCGAUACGCUAGAUCCUUUGCUCCGCUUAUGCUACCCUGUAGCGGACCCAACCUUCGCCAGCCUCACGGACGUACGCCUCGUGCUUGCUAUCGCCAUCAAGUAUAAGUUAGAGGAGGCGAGCCUCAUCCUGAAGAAGACGCUCCGUGCCUAUAUGAAAGAUGAGCCACUGAGGGUGUGGGCGUCAGCCUGCCUUCUCCGACUCGAAGAUGAAGCGCGAGGUGCAGCCCAUGCGCUCUUCGGGAAGGAAAUUCCCGUCAAGGCCCCGCCGGAGUUCGAAGAGGUCUCGAGCGGAGACUACUUCCGCCUCACGAAGUUCCUGCGAGCG